AUGACAUCCCCACCGGCUCCACAUAUGCCACAUCCAUCACCCAGUGGUAUUAUGCCAUCGUCUCCACUGAAUACGCAACCGAGCCCCAUGGCACACUCACCAGGGCCCAAUAGCCUGUCCUACAUGCAACAGGUAUGCCACGUCCAUCACCGCGAUCGGGUCAAAGUCCCGAUCAUAAGCAACAGAUCGUGGGCUGGUGCUGUCCCCACGCUUCUCAGUCAUGAAGCUUUUGAUACCCUCUGUCGGCCAUGUCCGCAUCCGCAGAAAGACAUCCCAGGACCUGAUUUGAGUCCCCUUGAGAGAUUCCUCGGUUGUGUCUAUAUGAAGCGUCAUUUGCAAAGGUUUAUUCAGAAUGAAAUGACCCAGCUUCCAUCGAAUGAACCAGGUGUGGUAUUCUUCAAAGUAGACGGGUUGCAGUGUCAAUUUUUUCUCAAUCAUACCCACAUGCAAUCGCUUCAUAUAAAAGUGAGUCAACUGCAGAAUGACGGUAUACCAGAUGUGCAUCAAUGGAGUCAGGAGGAUCUGCAGAUAAUUGAGCAAUUCUUCGAAUUACGCGUCGCAGCUCCGCCGUACCGGCCAAACUCGAUGUGUGCCUUUAUAAGGAUGAUCAACGUGAAUAUAACGCGUGUACUGAAGGACUUCAUUCAGAUUAUGCGACUUGAACUUAUGCCGGAACUCAUUCAAGGUCUCAAAUGGAAUGUACAGUUUUGCCUACGCGUUCCGCCGUCAGCAAUGCCAAUUGUCCCCACUGGAAUGCCAGCAGUUUUGCCAUUUAGAGGCAAAAUUCUUUUCUUUCUGCAAAUUACACGAAUCCCGUACAUGCAGGGAAUGGAUUGGAAAGAUUGCCUUUCAUUGGUCUUACCGAUGGUGUACGAUACGGGUACGAAUACAACUCAGUUGGCAGAGAGGCGGGAACAGGUGCAAUCGGUAGCAAUGAGUGCUGUUAGCCAUCAAUUGAAGAGAUUUCCAGAGUAUGCUGCACUACAACCCAAUGAAUGCUCCCUUUUCCCAGCUGUCCGUGAUCUUUUGGCGAAUUUAAUUCUCCCAACGGAACCCCAAUUACCGCCACAGAUACAAAAUCAAAUUGUCCCUUCACCCGUUGGUCCAGUAGGGACGAGUCCCAGUCAAAUGAUGCACUCACCCAUGCAAUCAAUGUCACAGGGGGGCCCAACAACCGGAACGUACAGUAUGGUACCACCGGGAGGUCCUAACUAA